GGCUUCUAUAAGGUGUCGGGAUGUCACUGUCUGUCUCCAUGCAGGAGGGGGAGUAUAUAGAGGAACACAGGGGUCUGUACAAGGACGUGAUGAUGGAGAAUCACCGGCCCCUCACAUUAUUGGAUGGGCCCAGUAACAGAGAUACCCCAGAGAGAUGUCCCCGUCCUCUGUAUUCCCAGGAUUGUACAGAGGAGAAUGACAGGACCCCACAGGAGGAUCAGGGUGAAGAUACAGAGGAAGAAGAAGAGACGUAUGUGACUGAUAUGAAGGCAGAAGAUACAGAGGGAGAAGAAGAGACGUAUGUGACUCGUAUGAAGGCAGAAGAUACAAAGGGAGAAGAAGAGACGUAUGUGACUGAUAUGAAGGCAGAAGAUAUAGAGGGAGAAGAAGAGACGUAUGUGACUGAUAUGAAGGCAGAAGAUAUAGAGGGAGAAGAAGAGACGUAUGUGACUGAUAUGAAGGCAGAAGAUAUAGAGGGAGAAGAAGAGACGUAUGUGACUAACAUGAAGGCAGAAGGUAUAGAGGGAGAAGAAGAGACGUAUGUGACUGAUAUGAAGGCAGAAGAUAUAGAGGGAGGAGAGACAUAUGUGACUGAUAUAAAGGUAGAAGAUACAGAGGAAGAAGAAGAGACGUAUGUGAUGGGUGAUCAGCAGUGUACGGAGGAGGAAAUCCCUACAGAUAUCAGCACAGCAGACGGAUGCACAAGCAGGGAUCCUUUGAAGGGACAUCUUGUUUUGUCUCCAGAUUUUAAAGAAGAAAAUAACCCCACACAAGAUUCUUCACAAGAAAACAUUAUUACCCUAAAAAUACAUCCAGUAUUUAUCAGUGCAGAUAAAUCAGCUGAGCCCUCUAAUCAUGAGGAAUGUUCUGCUGAUAAAUUGGUUAUUGUUUUACCCAGUACAACUGAUUCUGCUUGUAUAUGUUCUGAGUGUGGGAAAUGUUGUAAAACAUUCAAAAGUCUAAUUAGACAUCAGAGAAGUCACACAGGUGAAAAACCAUUUCCAUGUUCUGAGUGUGGAAAAUGUUUCAGAAAUAAAUCACAUCUUGUUAGACAUGAGAGAACUCACACAGGUGAGAAGCUAUUUUCAUGUUCUGAGUGUGGAAAAUACUUCAGAAAUAAAUUACAUCUUGUUAGUCACGAGAGAAGUCAUACAGGUGAGAAGCCAUUUUCAUGUUCUGAGUGUGGAAAAGGCUUCAUAAAUAAAUCAAGUCUUGUUACACACGAGAGAAGUCACACAGGUGAGAAGCCAUUUUCAUGUUCCGAAUGUGGAAAAUGCUUCAUAAAUAAAUCCCAACUUGUUAUACAUGAGAGAAGUCACACAGGCGAGAAGCCAUUUCCAUGUUCUGAGUGUGGAAAAUUUUUCAGAAAUAAAUCACAUCUUGUUAGACAUGAGAGAACUCACACAGGUGAGAAACCAUUUCCAUGCUCUGAGUGUGGGAAUGUGUUUACACGCAAAUCAAGUCUUGUUGAACAUCAGAGAACUCACACAGGAGAGAAACCAUUUUCAUGCUCAGAGUGUGGGAAAUGUUUUACACACAAAUCAUAUCUUGUUGCACAUCAAAUGCUUCACACAGGUAAGAAACCAUUUUCAUGCUCUGAUUGUGGGAAAUGUUUUAUAAAAAAAUCAGUUCUUGUUACACAUCAGAGAAGUCACACAGGAGAGAAACUAUUUCCAUGUUCUGAGUGUGGGAAAUGUUUCCUUUCUAAAUCCCAUCUUGUUAGACAUGAGAGAUCUCACACUGGUGAGAAGCCAUUUACAUGCUCUGUGUGUGGGAAUGUCUUUGCAAGUAAAUCGAAUCUUGUUGAACAUCAGAGAACACACACAGGAGAGAAACCAUUUCCAUGUUCUGAGUGUGGGAAAUGUUUUACACAGAAAUCAGUUCUUGUUGCACAUCAGAGAAGUCACUCAGGUGAGAAACCGUUUCUAUGCUCUGAGUGUGGGAAAGGUUUCAUAACGAAAUCACAUCUAGUUAAGCAUGAGAGAGCUCAUACAGGUGAGAAGCCAUUUACAUGCUCUGAGUGUGGGAAUGUGUUUUCAAGUAAAUCAAAUCUUGUUGAACAUCAGAGAACACACACAGGAGAGAAACCAUUUCCAUGUUCUGAGUGUGGGAAAUGUUUUACACAGAAAUCAGUUCUUGUUGCACAUCAGAGAAGUCACUCAGGUGAGAAACCGUUUCUGUGCUCAGAGUGUGGGAAAGGUUUCAUAACUAAAUCACAUCUUGGUAAACAUGAGAGAACACACACAGGUGUGGAAAAUAGUUUCCUAAAAAAAUCAGCUCUUGUUACACAGCCGAAAAGUCACACAGGUGAGAAACCAUUUCAAUGCUCUGAUUGUGGGAAAUGUUUUAGACAGAAAUCAGUUCUUGUUGCACAUCAGAGAAGUCACACAGGUGAGAAACCAUAUCCAUGCUCUGAGUGUGGGAAACGUUUCAUUACUAAAUCACAUCUUCUAAGACAUAAGAGAACUCAACACGGGUGAGAAACCAUUUACAUGCUGUGUGGGACAUAUUUUUGCUUGUAAAUCAAGUCUUGAUGAAUAUCAGAGAACACAUACAGAAGAUAAAUCAUUUCCAUGCUCUGAGUGUGGGAAAUGUUUUACAUAUAAAUCACUUAUUGUUACACAUCAGAGAAUGCACAUAAGGGGAAAUACAUUUCUGUGUGCUUAUAGACAAAGCUGCAGUAAUAUUUAAAUAAUGUAAAAUCCAUUGAUAUUAUUCCUAAACAUUAUAAACACAGGCAAAAGUUAAUUUUCAGCGUCAAAAAUAUGUAGACUACACUGCGUUAUGGAGGACAGGUACUAUAUGCAAUGCUCUCUGUAUUGUAUGGCUCUCACUAGAUUUAUUUUUUAUAUCAGUUACUAUGUUGCACUCUGUAUUGUAUGUCGGUCACUAGGAUGGUAUCUUUACUUUAUGGCAGUCACUAGGAUGCUCUAUUGUAUAUUAGUCACCAAAAUGCUCUGUAUAUUGGUCACAUGGCUACUUUAAGUAUUUGGUUACAUUAGGAUAGUCUUAACUGCACUAAUAAUUCACACAACCCUCCCACACACACAAGGUAAGAAUGUGAGUAUUAUAUACCGUACACUGUUGUGUACUGUCUGGUUUUAUAUUGUGCUCUAUGAGUAUUAUACAAUGUAGUAUGUGUUUAAGGUUGUCAUGCUUUGUUGAUAUAUUCCCACCUACAUGAGACCACUUCCAGUAUUUUUUCCAGGGCCAGUUUAUGUUUUCAAAUCUUAGCUAUCGAAGCGUACAAAUGUGUCCUCAUCCACCGUUCCCUUUUUGCUUCAUUUGCUAAGAUGCUCCAUCACGAGUAGCAAUCGCACCACAACUUGACCUUCCUUCCCCAUGGCCUGGACUGGUGACUUUUUCUAGAUCUGUAUAGCGCUACAAACAAAAAUCUGAGUUUUUGGAAGUACCAUUAGUGCUGCAUAUAGCUGAGCGUAGUUCGCAUCUGGUUGAAUUUAACCCAUAUAUUGCUUUAGAUUUAGUUUCAUUUUGUAUUCUAGACUUUUUAUUCUGUAUCUAGUGACUAAACACAGUAACUAGCAGUACUGUACAUAUAUAAACCCGAUCUGCUGUUGUGUUGU